AAACUCCAAAUAUCUUUCAUUCAUUCAUUCAUCGUCAUAUUUUUCUUGUAUAUUGGGUUGUUUUUGUGUCGCUAAUCUCAAUUAAACAUAAUUGUAAUAGCAAUUAUGUCCCAGUCUAACAGCAGUUACUGAAUUCGCUGGAAAUAACUGUACAUAGUUAUGUGAAAACGUAAACUUUAAUCAGGCCGACCUUGCAUAAAUGAACAUACGUAUUUUGGUUGGCAUGUGAAACAAAAAGUGAAUUCUUGUGUUUAUCGAGAGCUCGGAGUGGUUAACUAUUAGUGUUAUAAGUUAUAGACCUUGAUGGAUAUCGCGAAGAACUAAUUCGUCAGUAUUAUGUAUACAUUUGCGUGUGGUAAAGACCACCUGGAGAUCAGGCUUGUGUCAGAAGUAUGUUCACGACGACAGGGAUGGUAGCAGCACCGCAGCAGGCGACGGGUCAGGUGGCGCAGAAUGGGAGCACGACUUUGCCUCGCUCACAUCAUCAGAGAACAGGGAGGCCGCCUGCAGCCCCCAAGUCUUACGACUACCUUUUAAAAGUCCUCCUAGUGGGGGACUCCGAUGUGGGCAAGCAGGAAAUACUACAAGACCUAGAGGAUGGCUCUGCAGAUUCUCCGUUUUGUAGUGGCAGUGCAUACAAAACAACAACAAUCCUUCUUGAUGGCAAGCGAGUGAAACUUCAGUUAUGGGACACGUCGGGACAAGGCCGGUUCUGCACGAUCAUCCGGUCCUACUCCCGCGGCGCGCAGGGCAUCCUGCUGGUGUACGACAUCACCAACAAGUGGUCCUUCGACAGUAUUGACCGGUGGCUGGAGGAAGUGGAGAGGCACGCGCCCGGCGUUCCGAAAGUGCUAGUCGGCAACCGGCUACACCUGGCGUUCAAGCGGCAAGUGCAAGAGCGCGACGCCGAGAUGUACGCCGCCAAGAACCACAUGGCGUUCUUCGAAGUGAGCCCGCUGUGCGACUUCAACAUUCGGGAGAGCUUCUGCGAGCUGUCGCGGAUGGCGCUGCACAGGAACGGCAUGGAGCGGCUCUGGAGGAGCAAUAAAGUACUAAGCCUCCAGGAGCUGUGCUGCCGCGCCAUCGUGGCGCGCACGUCCGUGUACGGGCUGGAGCGGCUGCCGCUGCCCACAGCCCUCAAGUCCCACCUCAAGUCCUACGCCAUCUCGGCGGCGCCGAGCCGCCUGCGCGCGCGCGCCUCCAAGCACAACCAGCGCCUCAACUGCACCGGCAGGAACUCGUGCUCCAUCGUCUGA